UAAGCGAUAGAUGCCAGUCGGACGAAUUCUGUUCCUGCGAAGUAAUUGUUUUUUAAUUGUUGUGUGUCAAAAAGCCAACUUAGUGAAAGCACUGGGUAGCAUCAUCAUUAACAGCGCAAAGAGAGCGAACGAUCAGUGGAAAUAUUUUUGCGGUUCUCUGUAAAAGAUAUCCCGGGCUGUCCGCGCGGACCUAACCUAAUCAGAGCGAGGAAUAACGUGUCUGCCAUAGAAAAUGUCGCAGAAAAUGAAGAAAUCAUCAUCGAAAGCAUCAUCUACCACGACGUCGGCGGUUAAGACGGAGCAACCGGCGGUUAUUGCCGAAACAUCCUCGGUAUCGUCCUCUGGCUCCACCGUUUCCAGCCCAUCGGAUGCGGCCGGGAUCGAGACGGCCUUGAGCCCAUCGCGUCGUAGCAGGCUGCGUGAGAAGAACAACCUGAUGAACCUGAACGAUCGGUUGGCGUGUUACAUCGAGCGCGUCCGUUACCUGGAGCAGGAAAACUCACGCCUUUUGCACGAGCUGACCACGCUACAGGAGACGGCCAACCGGGAGGUAUCGGGGCUGAAGGCCAUCUACGAGCACGAGCUAACCGAUGCGCGCAAACUGCUCGAUGAAACGGCCCGUGAUAAGGCAAAGCUUGAGAUAGAAGCGAAGCGUUAUUGCGAGGAAAAUGAGCAGCUGCGCAUGAAGCUGAACCGCCGCACCAAGGAACUGAGUGAACUGGAGAAGGACGCACGGGUGCACGAGUCGCGGUGCAUCGAGCUGACCGCUAGCUACAACACAAUUUGCUCCGAGCGGAAGAAGCUACAGGAGGAACUGAAUGAGGCAGAGAAGGAAGCGGAAAAGCUGCGCCGCACCUUCGACACGAUGCGUAAGGACUACGAGCAUGAGACGCUGAUCCGCGUCGAUCUGGAGAACAACAUCCAGAGUCUGCGCGAGGAGCUCACGUUCAAGGAGCAGGUUCACAGUCAGGAGCUGAACGAGAGCAAGCUACGGCGGCAGAGCGAAAUCAGCGAAAUGGAUGGGUAUCUGAUGGAGCAGUACGAGACGAAGCUGCAGCAGACACUGCAGGAACUGCGCGAUCAGUACGAGCAUCAGCUGCGCAUCAAUCGCGAGGAAAUGGCCGGUCUGUUCGAGGGUCGCAUCCACUCGCUCGAGGAACGGUUGAUGCUCGAGCGAACGCGCUACGAGGAGGAAAAGAGCAAAAUGGCUCAAGAGAUCGAUCGAAUGCGCAACGAUAUGGCGGUCCAGCUGAAGGACUAUCAGGAUCUGAUGGACAUCAAGAUAUCGCUCGACCUCGAGAUCGCCGCGUACGACAAACUGCUAUCGUCGGAGGAAACGCGCCUCAACAUCACACCGAGUGUUACGAGCACCACGAGUGCUUCGCGCCUCUUCCGAACGCCGUCCUCCCUGAAGCGGAAACGGAACGCACUGGAUGAAUCGCUCGACUAUUCGAUCGUGACCUCGGCCAAGGGCGAUGUGGAGGUGAGCGAGUGUGAUCCCGAGGGCCGGUUCGUACGGAUUCAGAACAAAUCGAAGCAGGAGUACCCACUGGACGGGUGGCAGCUGGUGCGCCGUCCUCAAGAUGCUCCCGAGGUACGCUACAAGUUUGGCAAGGGCAGUAAAAUCGAGGGCAACGGUAUGGUAACGAUCUGGGGUACGGUUGCCAAUCGAAAGCCGGAUCCACCGAUCGAUCUGGUUAUGAAGAGCUCACUCUGGACGGUUACCGAUACGAUGGUGACGACUCUCCUCAAUGCUGAGGGUGAAGAGGUGGCCCUGGUCGAACGCCAGCGAACCAGCAAAGUGCCAAAGGAUAAGUACUUCCACGAGGAAACAGGCGGCCGUAUCGGGGUGUCCUAUUCCGCUAGUCAACAUAUGAAACGAUCGCCUCCCAGCAGUAAUAGUACGCGGAUUGUAAACGGAUCGCACAGCAAAACCGACGAGCAGUGCAGCAUCAUGUGAGAAACUGCCAGCGCCAAAUGUGAUGAAUUCCGAACGCGAUUCCGAUUGUUUGUUCCCAGUGUGUGGCAGUAUUGUUGCCACAGUCAUCCUGCCACCGUGAUCUUUCCUGUAUUAUUCUCGCAAUUUAGGGGAUUCUUUGUUCGAUUUGUAUGUUCAUUUUGUUUGCAAAAAUGUUACAAAUGUGGUGGCGGUUCCGGGUAAAAUACAAUUUGUAAAGGACCAGUGUCCUAUUUGGCUUGGUGGCUUAUUUAAAGAUUGAAUAAAUGUAAACAAAAAUAUCUGCAUUCCUGAAACGAUAA